AUGUCCCAGCAGUGGGUGAGGAGAAACGGCUCCCCCACACCUCCGGUAACCCCGGCCGGUGGCGUUCCGGGCGGUGCUCCUGGGGGCCGCCUUCAGCCCAUGAGAGCCACUGUUCCCUUUCAGCUGAAGCAGCACGGCAGCCCUACACGGGUGAACAAUAACAAUGGGGCCGCCCUGCGCCCUCCCUCCCGGAGCGGCAGUCCGACCAGAGGGAGCGGGGCGAACGGCAACGGUGUGGAGUCCCCCCCGGCAGUGAGCAGCUCCAGAGGAAGUCCCACCGUGUCCACCCAGACCGGGGCGUCACCCACCCGAGGACAUCUUCAUCACCACCAUCAUCACCAUCACUCCCACCAUCAUCACCACCACCAUCAUCAUCAUCACCACAACCAGGCCGGAUCCCCCACCUCCAGCAGCCCGGCUGUAGACUCCGGGACACCGGGAGUACCGUCCUCCUCCUCCCCUUCUCCGGUGGGCAGGCCAGGCUGGCAGCAGAGGAGCUCCCCCGAGAGCAAGAGCCCCAGCUCCCCCAAAGGCAAUAAGCCACAACCACCGUCAACAAGUCCUUCCAGCUUAAUUCGCCGCACAUCUUCACUUGAUACUCUUGCUGCUCCUUACCUCUCUGGUCAGUGGCCUAGGGACCACGGGCAGGCUGCUCCAUGCAUGUGUGACAAGUCUACUCAGACAGAAAGUGCUUGGGCUGAAGAGUAUGCUGAAAAGAAGAAAAGCUCUCACAAGCGAUCUGCAUCCUGGGGCAGCAACGAGCAGCUGAAAGAGAUUGCUAAAUUACGUCAGCAACUUCAAAGAAGUAAACACAGCAGCAGACAUCAUCGGGAUAAGGAUAGGCAGUCUCCCUUCCAUGGCAACCACACAGCAAUUAACCAGACCUCUAUGUCCAAGAAUGUACUCACCCCAAUGACUAUACCCAUUACAAAGUCAUCUGGGUCCAGAUUUCGGAACAGUGUGGAGGGGCUGAACCAAGAGGUCGAGAUUAUCAUUAAAGAAACUGGAGAGAAGGAAGAACAGCUCAUGCCACAAGAUAUCCCAGAUGGACACCGUGCUCCGCCACCUCUUGCUCUUCGAAGUGUAGAUACGCAAACGCCUGGAAAUGAUCGGAGUAACAAUAGCAGCCGUGCACAAUCCAUAUCUCCAGCUUCGUUCAUUACCAUAUUGAAUGAUUGUAAUGAGGAAAGCCAUGUCCAACCGAUGACACACUGGCAGAUCCCAGAGACAAAGAAAAUGGAAAUCAUUCUCCUCUUCCCAAGUAUGCUACAUCUCCGAAACCAAAUAACAGCUACAUGUUCAAGAGAGAGCCGCCUGAGGGCUGCGAGAAGGUGAAAGUGUUUGAAGAAGGCUCGCCAAAGCCACUGCAAGAAAUCCACCAUUCUAUUGUCCAGACAAGAACAAAGUAAACUUUAUUCCAAAGAGUGGGUCUGCCUUCUGCCUUGUCAGCAUCCUGAAGCCUCUUCUACCCAAUCAGGAAUUUACCUUCAAAGGCACAAACCACACUUUGACCGUGCCUUCUGGUAUCCCUCCUUCGUUGGUUCAGAAUUUCAGCAUGGCCUCCAUAUCAUCUAACAUGGAACAGGAGCGCAGUUCUCGCGGUACAAACACACUUGUAUCACCAAUGUCUCUACUGCACCCUACUGGCCAGAUUGAUGAGGAAGAGGACUAA